UAAAUCUAUAUCUGUGUAUUUAUACAUCCGGAUCGUUGGAGAUUUAUCACGGAAACCUUCGGCGAAACAAAAUGUCCACCUAUUUGGAUGCGUACAUUCGCCAGCGAAAGUUGCGACCGUUCGUUUUUGCACACCCUGUACAGAGAUCUACAAUUAUCGAGUCGAAAGAUGACGGAAAACGCAACAGAAAAAAGGGAGGCAGAGAGGCAGGCAUUGUUCCAUGCUGACAUUAGCACAUGGCUGACAUUGCGGAUGACGAGGAUGGACUUGCCCUUGGAAAAUUGUCUCUGCAAGACAAGAGGGAGGAUGCACUUUCUCCGAAUCGCUUGGCGAUAUUUGAACGCGUUCUGGCGCGAUGCCAAGUUCGCUUCAACGCAGAAAACGGACCACCGGCGUAGCAUUGUGGCGAAUCUUCUUCGCGAAUGCAUCGGCCUCGAAACGAGAGCUCGUGUGCAACGAGUAGCAGAGUUGGACGGGUUCAAGGCUGGUCGGGUGCGAGAAGCUUGGGUCAUCGCCGUCGAAAGACGCGCAAAGGAAAGAUUGCAGAGGCUUGCAUCGCACUGGAGAAUCCAACCUCGCGAUAUCGAGGCGAUUUUACACCACGAGGUAAGCGCUUCUAACGAGCAAUAUCAGACAGCUAGCCUUUCCAGUUCGAUACUCGUCUCGAUAGAUUCGUGGAAAUAA